AUGACGAACAUCCUCAAGGCCCUGCAACUGCCGUGGCCCACACCGACGCCGUCCACCGAGCUGGAGAUGCUGGACACUCUGGUGGGCGCCUCGCUCGAGUACAGCCUGCCCCUGCUGUGGGCCUUUGCUGUGGGCCGGCAUCCGCGCAAGAACCGACAGAACGCCGUCUACGUCCUACUGGACGGCACGACCAGCAUUUGGUUCCGCCACGUGCGCGCCAUGGCCAAGAACAAGAAGAUAGCUGACUACCUGCGACGGUGCGCCGAGAGCAUUGGCGGGAAGGGCCAGUCGUACGACAGUAUGAUACGCCGCCUUCUUCGCACACAUUUGGAAAUAGAGCGGGCCCUGAAGUACAACUUCGAGGUCAACCAGCCGGAGUUCAUGAAUUUCAGCGACGUCACGCUGCGAGUCGCCGUGAACCGCCACCUGCCGGACGAAUCGCAGCAGUGGCCCGACGACGAGAUGGUGUGCAUGCAGCGCGCCGUGUUCAUCCGCUUCCGGCAGCAGCACCUGGCAGACGCAAGCAAGGCAGCCGCCUUCAAGUCAUACGCCGGAGCCUACUUGGUCUGGUACUUGGCGCCCUACGCGUCGCCCUAUCUCACGCACUCGCUCAUGGUAGACAUGGGCGUGCACGCGCAAGAAAGGGACUUCGUACGCCGGCGCUGCUCGAGCAUCGUGCAGAACGCGCUAACGCUAGCCUUCUGGAAAGCCAGGCAGGACAAGGUCCAUCGGUUAGAGAAGAAGGUCGCGUUCGAGGCGUACGCGUCGCUGCGCACUCUCUUGUUGUCCACGGUGGCCCUCUACGACGAUGCCGUGGCCGAACACACGUCCGACUUCAUCGAGACCCUUUCGCUGAACGUCUACAACAUGUCGCUCGGGUGGGACGUGCUGGAGAGGAUUUACCGGCCCAUUCCGUUCAUGCACGGAAAGUUCAUUCAGAUGUACAAGACAAUGGAGAAGUACAAAUCGACCGUACUGCGGCGAUCCAUUCGCAGGCCCAACAGCAGCUACGUGUACGUGCCGCAUUUAUUCGAGGUGCGCGCCUACCGACUGCUCGCGGCUCGAGAAAUACACGUGCCACUCACGAACCAGCUGUGGCCGCUCUUCGACGUGGGGUACCCGCUGCCGGUGCUCAUGGCUAGCUUUGGAUGGCAAGCUGCGCGCGGUCUCGUCGAGGUGAUUUACUACACCUACUUCGUUGACAGCAACUUAAAGAAAAUUCCAGACGAGCAGAACACGUUUCCGACGCCGCUGAGGGUGGCCAUUACGCAGUUCCAGGAGGAUCUGCGCGGAGCCAUCCGGCGAAGCGAGAACACAACGCUGCCGGAGGCCGAACUUGACAGCGCAACCAUUGAGGCCAUAGCGCUUCUGCUAGCGUAUGCGGCAUCCAAGGUGCCACUAAACAAUCACACCUACCCGGAGCCAGGAUACAGAGCCGACACGAGCGGAUGGGAGAGCGAUGACCAACAUGUGCACUUCGCGGACAUACCGGCAGAGCAGCUGUUCUUCCUGGUCAGCUGUUUCCGCCAGUGCAACCGGAAGCCUGGAAUGCGCCAGCGGUUGCACUGCAACCAACUCCUGCCGAGACUACCGGACUUCAACGCUGCUUUCGGCUGCAAGGCGGGCGACCGCAUGUUCGUCGGAAGCGGCGAAAUGUGGAAGCAUCGCGCUGCCAAGGAGAUUUGCCGUAACAACGGCAGCUCCUGCGACGUGUCGCUGAUGACGUGA